UUUGGUCACGCCCUUCUGAGUAAGCAGAAUAAACUAGGUAACAAAACCAUCCGAUAAACAUGGCGAGGUUAAGUGAACACGGAAUUCGUCUGAGUUCUAUGAGUCCUUCCUUCCUGAACAGCAACUCCACGAGUCACACCUGGCCUUUCAGUGCGAUUGCAGAAUUAGUAGACAAUGCAUCUGAUCCUGGAGUAUCUGCUAAACAGAUUUGGAUUGAUGUAGUUGAAGAAGAUGGUCAACUCUGUCUUACCUUCACUGAUAAUGGCAGUGGCAUGACACCCAAGAAACUGCACAAAAUGCUCAGCUUUGGAUUUACAGAAAAGGGUUCCGGGAGAGCAAGUCAGCAGGCUAUUGGAGUGUACGGAAAUGGUUUCAAGUCCGGUUCUAUGCGACUGGGCCGUGAUGCACUCAUCUUCACUAAGAACGGAGGCUGCCAGACUGUGGGAAUGCUGUCUCAGACCUACCUGGCAAACAUCAAGGCUCAGGCUGUCAUCGUGCCCAUCGUCCCCUUUAGCCAACAAACCAAGUUGCUGGUGGUGACAGAGGAUUCAGAGGCCAGCCUGGCAGCCAUCCUCAAACACUCCAUUAUCACCUCUCUGGAUAAAAUACAUGAACACUUUGACUCCAUGCCCUUCAAAAAAGGCACCAAGAUACUCAUCUGGAACAUCCGAAGGGGUCGAGAUGACAAGCCAGAGAUUGACUUUGAAAAAGAUAUCACUGAUUUCCGUAUGCCAGAGAUUCAAAUUGAAGAGCUGAAGAAGGAUUUGAAAAAUGGUGGAUCCCAGAAAGCUGCUCAAACCAUUGUAGAAAUGCACUAUUCUCUCAGGGCGUACCUCAGUAUCUUGUACCUGAAGCCCCGGACACAGAUCAUACUGAGGGGGAAGAAAGUUCUUGCCAAGUUGGUGUCAAAGAGGUUGUCACACACGGAACAUGAUGUGUACAAACCCCACUUCAGUAACGAAAAGGUGAAGGUGACUUUUGGGCUGGAUCUGAAAAACAAGGACCACUAUGGCAUCAUGAUGUACUACAAGAACAGACUCAUCAAGGCCUACGAGAAAGUGGGCUGUCAGAUGAAGACGUCGGGUCAAAGAGGAGGAGUUGGGGUCAUCGGUGUCAUCGAAUGCAACUUCCUCAAGCCUGCUCACAAUAAGCAAGACUUUGAGUACACCAAAGAAUACAGACUGACCCUUGGAGCAUUGGGCCUAAAACUCAACGACUACUGGAGAGACGUGACGGAGAAGAGAUCCAGAGAGAGAGAAUUUCAGGCUCUUGACAAAGAUGCAAAGGAACAGAAAGAGGAGGAUGACAAGAGCCCAGUGUGGUUGCAGUGUGAGGAGUGUUUGAAGUGGCGGACUGUCCCUGCAGGUUACUACGCUGCUAUUCCCGAAAAUUGGACGUGCAGCCAGAACCCCAGAGCACGUUUCAGAAAUUGCUGUUCACCAGAAGAGGAAGAGGGUGAGGAGCUGUUGACCGCCAGCUACCAGAAACCUCACAAGAAACGGGAGCAGACUAAAAGAAGAAAAUGGGAAAAAUCAAUGGAGCCCAGCGAGUUCCAUGACCAAGUGGCUAAACAUCCAAACAUCUCUAGCAGCACAUUAACACCCAGCUUGCCUCUUGACCCACUUGAUCAUAAAGACACCACAAACCAAUGUGACCUAGACGAAAUCAUGCAUGCACAAGGCCAGACACACACAGAUCAACUUUCAGAGCAUGGCAGGGACACAGCUAUGGAGGAAACCUCACUGACGGCUGAACUCAUGCUCACAGAAGAAAACCCUGCUGAACAAAAGACAGUCAUUAAAGACCAGAGACUAACUACAGAAACACAGACGCAUGUGGAAAGCAGCAGUAACUCUGGAGGAUUACAUACACAGAUGGUUAAAGAUAAACACUCAUCAAAAGAAAUAAGCAUGCAGAUGACAGAAAGCGAAGAGAAGGAUACAGGCAAAGUAAACUACAAACGAGAAUCAGGUUCAAUAUUUCACUGCAUCAACAAGAGGGUAUGCUCUUGGGAGGAGCAACAAGUCAACAGCAGCUGUGUGUCAGAGAGGUCAGGUGACACCAUGCAGCAAACCCCCAGCAGCCUCAACUGGACCCACUCAGCCAUCCCCACACAGACCAUGGUGGUGUCUCCUCUGAGUCGAAUAGAAGAGCCACGGAGCAAGCUGAUGGCUAUGGACAGUGGAGAUAGAGAAUCAAAAGUCCAGAGGCUGGCGGGACUGGAAAAAGAUGUUCAGAAGUUACAGAAACUACUUGGAUUGGAAAAAGAGAAGCUAAGUAAAGGCACGAUGACAGCAGAAAGCACCAAUACUGAAAAACCACCAGCAUCCACAUCUACCCAUGAGGUUGGCUGCCAGACGAGCAUUAACGAGUGUCAGAACUUUGUGUCAUACGGUGACCCGGUCCAUGCUGUAAGUCUGCAGGAUGUGGAACCCAUGUCUGAGCCAUUACAGCUGAACAGAUCAGCAAACCAGAACAGUGAAUCUCAGAACAAGAUAAGAAUCAGUGAAAGUGAAGAUACAAGAACACCACUGGAGGAUCUGCAAAGUAUUCGUAGCAAUGUGGUGGUGCUUCUCACAGCCCUCUUACCCCAACUGGACCUGGCUGGUAUCAGCUUAGAAACGAAUGAUGUCGACAACAUCCUGCAGCAGAUCAUUAACAUUAACUCCCUGAAGCUGUGAUUAUGGCGGGACUAAUAACUCGAGUGUUAAAGUUGGCUUUUUUCAAAAUGUCUGUGAUAUAAUAAGCUUGACAUAAUUUUGCCUGACCAAAUAUUUAUGACAUGAGCAGUCAGAGAGUUCUGACAUCCGCCAAGGAUUGAAGAGGAGUCAAAAUAAAAGGUAGGUGAUUCACAUCAUGAUCAGGGGCCUCAUGUACAAAACGUGCUUACGCAUAAAAACUUGGCAUAUGUCUGUCUCCACGCCAACGUUCAGAUGUAUCAAAAGUGAAAUGACUGUGGAAAUGUUCGGUGCAUCACGCAAAAAUCCUGGCUGGCGUACGCAUGUUUCUACAGCUCUUGUUCCAGUGUGAACAUGUAAAGGUGAUGCUGGGAACCGUUAAUAGUGUGAAAACAUGAAGUCAACAGAGUGAUGUGCACAUCAGAGACACACUGAUGAGCAGUUACCGUCCUCACGUGUUUUCAAUUAUAUGGAUGGAUAUAAAACCAUGCACAAAGUGAUGCGUAAAAUGGCACUAACAGUAGCUGUAUUCGCGUCAGAAGACCUUGCAAAUGGUGCAAUCCCAUGUGAGCGUGUUUUCAGGGAACGCAAGGAUUUACUUGCAAAUGACAAUAACUGGCUCAUAAACCAAUUUUGAUUAUCAAGGCCACUGAUACUGGAGUUGCGUGCAGAACUGCAGCUGUCCCCGAGUGGAAUACAGCAAGGAGCCAGGCGGGUGUCUGUGCCCACACGGGCGCUUACCACGCUGCGCUUCCUGGAAACGGGCAUUUCAGCGUGAGCUGGCCGAUCAGUCAGGAGUGUGCCAGUCAACCUUGAGGCGAGCCAAGCCAUCUGUGUGGAACGCAAUCAUCCGAAUGUCUUCAGGUACAUCACAUUCCAAUAUUAAAGCGCCAUUUGCAACAAGAGCCUGUUUCCAUUGUAAUGGGAGCUAUUGACUGCACACAUGUUCACAUCGUAUGCAAUUAAGUAGCUGCUUCCUGUGUAAGUAGUGUAUUCGUGUAAUUGAUCCGAACGUGAACCAGCGCAGCCACAUUUGGACAUGUACACAUUCAAAUAUGUUUUUUAUUGUUAUUAAUGUCUUGUUUUUAUUUUUGCUUGAUGGUGAGCUGCAGAGCUUCUUAACAGGCUUCCUGUGCUCAGUAUCUGUCAAUAAACGCAUGUGUAAGUUGUGAAUGUCACACUGUCAGCGGCGACGUGCCUCACCGUUUUAACGUCAGUGUGUGCGUGCUAUUUUCCGUGUCGGCCUCACACACACGCGGUCCGUAGCUCCCACAAACAUUUUUCCAGUUUCAUGAUUAAUCCGUUUAACAGCGUACCAAAUAAACUGUCCCUGUGUGUCUCCAUGUCAUUUCCAUCUAUAGUAUCAUUUCUUUUUUGUGUUCAUGUUGUCUGAUGUGAGGAAUCCUGGCUCAAAGGGCCUAUUUACAUACAAUUGCAUAUUUAAAUGGGGCGUGGCCAAGGAGGAGUUUGAGUUUUGGCAUGCACCAUGUUUUAGUAGGAAAUCCACGCAAGUCUGUGUGUAUGAGGCCCCAGGACUAGGGUGUCCCAAAAAAUGCCAACUUUAAAAAAUUUCGAGUCUCACCCACCAAAAAGUUUCCUUUUGGUGAGUCAGUCUCACAUGUAAAAUUGUUUGCCAAUCAGAAAUUAUUUAGAGGUGGCUCAAGGUCACCAAACAUUGAAAAUCUAACCGCAACAAUCGGCAUUGGUGCAGUAUUUGAAAUGUCAUAUCUCUGCCACUGUUAGAACUAUUAGAUCACUACUUUUCAUUUGUGUACAAUUUCCUUUGGUAAUUUAGAAAUUGAUGGGUCGUGCCAUUCUCCUACAAAAAUAGCAAAGAAAUGGUAAAACCUGGUUUGCCUGUUUUUUGCAGAUCUGAAACCUGGAAGACUGGGAAGUGAAAGAAAACUAUAGCACUGUAUGGACACUCACCAGUUUUGGUCUCUCUAAACACUAGAAACAUUGAUAUAUUCCAUAUGAAAGCAUCACAGUAACAUAUUACAUACCUUUAACCAGCAGCUGAUUUUCAGUAUUCAUAUAAGUAUUUUCAUUGCACUAAUUACACAGAAAUGAUAAAAAUGGCCCCUUUUUUUCCAACGUUUAUGAUUAAUCUGUAAGCACUUGCAGAAUGCAGACAGUUAUCAACAAAGUACCAAAAAAUAUUAAAGCCAUAAAGGCAAAAUAAAAAGUAGGUAAACACAGUAUUGUAAAUAUAACAUGUAAAUAAAUUGUCUAACUGACCAAUAUCAUAGGCUGACUAUGAAGCCCAGCUUCUGCACAAAUUGGGUUUGGAGCCAAGUUUGGACCUGUAUAGUCACUGCAGUAAACAUCUAGCACCCAAUCUGCUGCUAUAAUUUCUAAAUUACCAAAAUAAACUGUACACAUCUGAAAAGUAGUGAUCUAAUAGUUCUAAAAGUGGCAAAGAUAUGACAUUCCAGUUAUUGCACCGAUGUCGAUUGUCGCGGUUAAAUUUUCAAUGUUUGGUGACUUUGAGCCUCCUCUAAAUAAUUUCUGAUUGGCAAACAAUUUUACAUGUGAGACUGACUCACCAAAAGGAAACUUUUUGGUGGGUGAGACUCGAAAAUUUUUUAAGUUGCCAUUUUUUGGGACACCCUACCCAGGACUUAACCUGGAUCUGGGUUCCACAACACAAUGCAAUAAUUACAUACUGAUCCAGAAUUGUCCGACUGAUGAAAAUAUUGCAAUCUGAUAUUUAAUUCACAAGCUGAAACUAAAUCGUGUCUUCCUGAUGUUGGUUUUACAUUGUGAUGUCGUAUCCGUGAAGGAGUUUAGACGUAAUUCUUUAAAGUCUUUAAAUUGUCAGUAGGUGUGCGUGCAGAUGAAUGUGUUUGUUUGUCUAUAUGUUGCCGUACGACAGACGGCAACAUAUCCUGUCCACAAUGUACCCUUCCUUAUGCCCUAUGACUGGAUAGGCUAUAGCCCCCGCAACCCUUACUUCCCUUCAUUGGAGUAAGCGGGAGAAGAUGUGUCUGUAAAGUAAAGUAAAUUCAUACAAAAAUCCUUUCUGCAGGAUUUGCGUGGAGGUGUGUCUGUAUUAUUCGAGUUUUAGAAUGUAAUCUGUGAAACAAUUGUACUUGGCUGACUACAUUUUUCUGCGCAAAGGUGGUCUAUGUCACUCACUGACUACCAUUAGUUAUAGCCACAUGAGGUCUCAUGGAGCAUGUGCUGGAAUAAGGGGGUUUACAAAAUGCAUAAAUGAUUAGUGGGCUCAGAAAAACAAAUGCUUCAUGAGGCCUCUUUUGGCACACUUUCAUCUAAUCCAUCAUCAACCCAUCAUCCUCUUAACUGUCCAACAGGUCAGGUUUGUCACAUCUGUGUGAUAUGACAAAUUGCUUUUUUUAUUGAUCAGGUGCAUAAACAUUGACUAGGUUUUAAUGUGUUUGUCCUUAUUAUAAUGUGCUUUUAAUUUGAAGACCUACUGGUUUUGAGUCGUAUUGUCAAAGUGGAGGAGAUGUACUUUUUUUGUAUCUACUGUAUAUAUUCACUCACUCGUUCAUUUACAUCACAUGUGUUUAUGGUCAUAGAAUCUGUUAAAUAUAAAGUGUCCUUUUAAGAAAUGUUUUGUAUUUAACAAGUAUCGCUUUAAUGAUCCAGUAGUAGCAGCGCAGCACCUCUAGUUUUUGAAUAAGCUUGGUUCAUGUUUUAAGUGAAGUACCAAACCCCAUCCUUUUACUUUCUUAUUUUUACUUUAUUUUUUCAGGGAUAUGAUUCUAGUGUAAAAGUAAGACAUAAUGUACCAUUUUUCAGUUGUUUAAGGACAGUUUUAAUGUUAAAUGUGACACACACUGUUUUCAAAGGCAUCACAUAUUUUCAUACAUUUUGUAGAGUUUUGCCACAUCAUUUUUAAAAAUGUCUAUUUGACCUUUUUUGUAGAACUUGUCACCCUUUCUACUGUUUCUAAAUAUAUUUAUGUUAAGAAAAUGUGUGACAAAGUGCAGUUUCUUUCACUAUUUAUUGUAUUUUCUACACAUUUUGUCAGUGUUUGCUUGAAAUAAAAACUUUGAAGCUAA